AUAUUCUCCCCAGAUCCAUCGUCGGAAUUACGACAUGACGUAUACGUAUACCCACCUAGACGAGUUCUUCAAGCUCUCUACUUGGGACCGAGAUAUCAAGGGUUCCUUCGGCCUACAGCCCCCACCUGGCAACUGGGAGGGCUUCAGAAAGCGUAUAGCGGAGCUACAAGGACAGUGCGCCGAGGACGAGAGUAUCAAAGUCAUCUUUGCUGCCCGACACGGUCAAGCUGAGCACAAUGUGAUCAAGGACAACUACAGAGUGCCUCAAGAUCUCAUACUUUCCGCACGCCAUCUGUUCCAGAAAGGGAAAUGGGCCACAGCUCACGUUCUCUAUCCUAUUCUAGAUCCCGACCUCACUCCGCUAGGACGUGAGCAAGCUGCGGCGCUAGGUCAUGCCCUACGACGCGAAGCCGGCCGGGGAAUGCCCUUGCCCGAAAGGUACUUUGUCAGUCCUCUGAAACGAGCUGGUGAGACAUGCGGCAUUGAAUGGGGAUGGGUAUUUGGAGAGCCAGAUGAUGGUGGCAAGGGUCACGGUGUAAAGGCAACUGUCCUCGAUAACCUUCGUGAACAUCUUCACGUCCACUUGUGCGACAAACGCUCCAAACGUUCCGAGCUGGAAAAGGAGUUCCCAACCUUCACGUAUGAGCCAAGCAUGACGGAAGAGGACGAGCUUUGGGAACCGUUAGAGGUGAGAGGUCGGGAAAGUGACGAUGACUUGGUAGCCAGGCUGGGGGUCGGGGUAAGGCAAGCCCUGGACGCGAGUGAAGGAGCCACCUGUGAAUGUUUCGUAUAGCACAUCCUGAGACUGAUCGCUAAUGUCAGUCACAGACCUGAGUAUAACUUCACACUCGGAAGCUAUCCGAGGCGUGUACAAGGCUCUAGGUGUCCCGCCGAGAGAUUUGGUCGUUGGGCAAAUGAACAUCAUCGUUCUUCGCAUCAAGAAGGUUGCAGAGUAAUUGUUUCGUAAGUAGAUCAGUAGAAAGGUAGAUUAUGAUCAUGAUGUGCCAGGGUCCGCUUGUUUGGGGAGACACUUGCAUGCAUACUGUAAGAG